AUGGACUACGCCAGAACUCCCGUCACACUCGUUGAGCCCCAUCUCCUCCAGGGUUGUUGCCGUGAAGCUGAGCGGGCGGACCUUGUUGCUCUCGGCCUAGACCAGUUGCGGGCGGCACUCCAAGAAUCCUUCCACGGGCAUAUGAUCGCGCUGGCCGAGGAGAUACGACGAUCGAGCAGGUUGCUGCGCGAUCUCGCCGACCGCUCUCAGGUCCAUAUCUCGCGGGUGCCCGUUGUUCUAGACCACCUGAACGUCGUGCUCCCCUGUCUAUGUCGGACCCUGCGAGACAUUACCAGUUAUUUCGAGGACAAGACAGUGUCCAGAGAGACAAGGUGGCGCAAGAUGUAUAACAAGAUGACGGAAGAAGCUGGGGGUCUCCCGCUCCCCCAGCGCUUCAUUCUUUACAAUCAUUUCUUGUCUUUACUAAGGCUGCUUCUCACAAGGUCUCCAAGCUUCGAUUUAAACACCCUCGAGACGUUGCGUACGCGUCUUCUUGCGUUGCGGGAGAAGAGGGGAAUACCUCCCCCCCCACUGCAGGUUGGCCCUCUAGUCCGCCACGAUCUGAUGUCUCUCGCAGUGGUACAUGAGCCCAACGGGCACUGGGCAGAGCAAAUAUUCUCCCUCCCUCUGCCAUCACGGACUGCGCUGAAACACCUGAGACCUUCCAAGUCGUAUGGCCCUUACUACCCGUGGGGCCGUCUGGAUAUCCCUGCGGAGUCGAAGAUACUAUUUCGGCGGCCUUUUGACAACGACAGAAUCUCCGUCGUUGUGUUCUUGAACUCGGUUGACCAAUCACCCUACAUCCUUAUGCGCACUAUCCAGGGAGGGGAGCCAUGGUUCUCAAUGUAUGGUGUUCAUGAACUCUGUAUUGGGCGCGAAGGCAGCACAUUGCAGCUGAAGCGAUGGAGCCGGUCAGAGCAUACUAGCAAGCUUUGGGCGGCAUUGUAUUUUCUUACUUGGGAAGAAAUGGUUCUGUUUUACUGCACUUUUGUCGCCCUCAAAGCCAGGAACAUGUUGACGGUCCAAAUCCACCCCAACGAAUUCAAGCUUCAAAGGGAGAAACGGCUCUUUCAGGCGCAAAUCAUCGACGACGGUUACAAGCACUCGUUGAUUGUCUACGAAGACCUACAAACCCGGGGCAUUCGCCUCCACGCUGCGGUAUGGGAAGGCGAGCUCAGGCAAUGUCCCGUUUGGACCGCUUUUGUGACACACCAGUCCCAGUCGCCAACUUGGCUAAGCCGGCGCUCGAGACAUCGCAUCUGGUUGAAGGAUGUCCAGCUCUAUGUGUUUUGCAAGAAAUACCGACAGGAAAGCAUGCGCCAGAACAAGGCAGGCGCCUUUGAAAUAUACUUCGUUAGCGAAGAGGGUGCCAAGAGAUUCCGAGAAGUCUUCCCCAUGGCAACAACGUCCCCUGGAGCAUCCGGUGUUAGUGAGCCAGCUGUCGCUUCCUCAAAGUAA